AUGAGAACAUACCCUGAAGAAUAGAUGAGAGAAUAUGCAGCACAUGUAUGUUUGCAUUAUCAAAAAAUUUAGAUUUCUUAUUUCUGUUUUAUAAAAGACAUGUAAUAGAUAACCUGUUUCUGUAAUCAUCGAUGCCUCGUGCAUACUUUUAUACAGUAAUGUUUACCGAAUGUCAGAUCAUCGCCAACACUUCAACAUACCGCUCAUUUAGCUGGAAGCAGUCAGGCAUAUUUAAAGACAAUAUGUUUCUUGUUUUAUUUCAGUGUUUUACUCAGUUAACAUAGUACAGCAGUACAGCGACCCAGUAUUCAAUAAAUAAACAAUCGUAGACAAUCAUGAAACGCUACACAAAUGAGUCCAUCUUCAAUAAACUUAACCAUCGUUUCGGCACGUAAAUUUAAUUAUUAAUUCAAACGCGAGUAUGUCUACUGUUUAUGUCGAAAGCCAUAUUCUGGAUAAAUUGAUGUAGUAUGUACAAGAACACUAGAUUUCCUUGCCUAUGUGCCGAAUUUGAGUAAGGUUGUUCCGAACUAAUCCAUUAUUUCAGGUUUAGACUCAUGAAUCGUCGGAUAUAAUCACAUUUAUCCCUUGAGUACGUACUCCGCUGAUCUUUAUAUUCAGGUAUACCGCGUACAAAGCAUCAACAAAAGAUAACUCCUAUAGUACAGUACGCCAGCAUACUGACGCCACGGUGAAGUGUGUGUAAUUGUGACAUGACGUUAAAGGAGAAGAAAAUUUAAAUAUCAAACAAAUACGAUUGAAAAGAGUAUGUAUUUCCUCGCUUGACCAUCGGGAAACCGGAAUGUUGGAUGUAGGUUCCGAGUUUACACGAACAAGCCGGCGGUUUUAACGACUGUCAAUGGCUGAGAGGCAACACGCCCCAGCAUAAAUUACAGUGUGUUGAAGAUGGAGGACGCGAUGAACUCAGCGAUUUAUGCCAGCUUUGCCGUUUUCAGACUUCACGUGUAUGUCGAGGAAAAAUCGCAAACUUAUGAAGCAGGCACCACCAGAUAGAAAAAAAAAUGCUCUUUUCAGCCUAUAGUGUCAUUGUUUUAAGUUUUCUUCUCCUUUAGGAAUGGUAUUAAGAAUCGUAUGGUGACCUAACGUGACUUGGUUUGAAAUCCUGAAUGAAUCUAACCUUACGCUACUCCUCAUUUGGGUAAUACCGCUGGAUCAUUUACUCUACAACUUACGUUAUCAGGAAAUUUGCGGAAACCCAUGAUGAUACAUCUAAGUCCCAUAUCCUUAUAUCGGCUCAAUUAAUUUGUCACAUUUCAUCUCUAUACCUAGUACACCUAUUCUUAACCCUUAAUGUCAGUAUACCCUCCCAGAGUGUCGGCGCACGAGAAAACUGACGUCUGUUAUCUGUUAUAUGUACAUACGUUAUAACCCGACCUUUUAUCGUCCUGUUUUACAUUAUUCUGCACAAAAUGUAUGUACAUACACUGUGUAGAAGAGUCACAACUUUUUUUUAAGUACACUCGAAAAGAAGGUAGGUAGAUUUAAGAUCACAAUGAACUGAUAAUCAAUUUUCAAGAGUUAAACAGUUUCAAGGUGGCACAACAUUAUAUUUUGAGUGUCCAGUGUUCCCCACCCCUCAAUGUACCCCUACCCCCACCCCAGCCACAAGCCGCGAGGCCUCUGUCUGUGCAUAUUGAUUACGACUGUAAGUAAACGAGCCUUAGACUGUGACCGGCUACACUUCCUGCUGCCGACACGUUUAGCUCACCCUGCGUCCAGUUAUCAACUAACGUCGCCUUAGCAACACUAAACACAAACCAAACAGAUCGCCAAACCGGCGUUAUCAUGUGGUGUAAACAGCGGAGUUGACAUUAUACUGCCAGGAACCCCAAACUGUUAAAAGGCAGCAUAGAGGCCAGUUGGAUAGCAGACACAACCGGAAAGGCUUCCAGUCCCUCACUGUUAUCACAAAAGUCCACCUGGGGUAAAUUCGCCCGUACGCCAUUAGGUUAUUAAGAUUCGCAUCCAGUUCAAAGUUCAAAGAUUCCAAUGGGUUGCAACUCAAGCAAAACUACCGGGACUGCUACAGGUCCAGCAAAGCAGAAUAACGAUGCGGAAUGUACGAAUGGUGACGUGGGUACAACUGACCAACAAAACAACACGGAUACGCAACCGGAAGAGCAAGGUAAUACCGAAAGGGACACAACGCCAACUCAAGAAACAGAAAAUAAGGUCAUUAACGAUGCUGGAGAAAACAAGGCAGAUACGAUAGAAUCUAACGGCAAUGACGUCACAACAAAUGGAGUGGACACUUCAGCAGCAGAUCAGAAUCAGGUUUUAGCCGACACAAAUACAGAUGAAACUGCACAGCAACAUGAGGACUGAUUCCCGAUUGGAAUGCUCGUAAUGUACAAAGAAAUCCAGUAUAUCAAAGACUCAAACCCCAGUGCACCAAGGGGUUAAGAUGAGGAGCCACAUAAACUACUUCGUACAACCCAUUCCAUACUCCCGUCAGUAUUCAUACGCCAACACAAAAUAUACGCCUUUUUGUGAAAGAGGCCAGAAAAUAGUGUGUAAUAUAGAAAAAUAAGUUAACAGUUAACGAAGAUCAUUUUAUAUAAGAGCGAAU